AUGUAUCGCAAAAUUGAAUGUUUUGGAAGAUGGCUCAAUAAUAUUGGUUUCAAAACACAAAAUAUAGGAAAUUAUGGUCCAUGGAAAAACUUGCCUGGAGAUCUUAUGGAGAAAAUUGCUUUGAAACUUAAUUCAACUGAUUAUAUUCGUAACUCCAUGGUUUGCAAAUCAUGGCAAUCACUUCUUUUGCAAUCUGAUAUUCUUAGGCCUCAAUUUCCGUGGCUUUUGCUUCCUCACCACUCAAGUAAACACACCAUAAAACUCUACAGUGUUUCGGAAAACAAAUUUCACACAUUCCAUGUUGAUGGGGGAAAUAAUGUUGUUGGUUGCUCCAAGGGUUGGGUUAUUUUUAAGACGGUUGGAUCGAAGAUAUCUCUUUUUAACCCUAUUUCUGGUGCUAAAUGCAUCCUUUCGUCCCUACCGACCGCUUUAUCCUUACAGCGGGUUGAGCUGUCGUCGUCGAUUAUUUCAGAGUGUACUGUGGUUGCAAUCGUUGGUGACUUUAAGGGACUUGCUUUCUGUAGACUUGGAGAUGAAAAAUGGGAAUUUAUUUCAAUUUUCAACGGAUUUGGACAAGUCUAUACUUUGAGUGACAUAGUGUUUUGUCGCCAAAAGCUCUAUGUGUUGGUUAAUGGUAAAACUAUCACCAAGAAGAUUGAAAAUAUCACUAUCAAUUUGCCAAACUAUGGUAAAGCUAUUCCAAUCACCUUGAUUCCUGACAUAAACUAUGGAAAGAGUGACUCAUUACAAAUCGAAGGGAUUUCAUAUUGGGUUGGAUUUAAGGUUUUUUGGAGGUAUACUCAUGUCUCAUACAUAGUUGAGUCGAUCAAAGGCCAUGUUUUGUUAAUUCAAAAGUACACCAAAUCGUUCUACAAUCAACUAAACGAAGAAGCGAAUACACUCCACGACAUUGGAGAAAUAAUUGAUGGUGAUGAAAUAGAUAAAGAAGAUAACGAGAAUGACGAAACAGAGGCAAAUUAUGCGACAUUUGAAAAUAUGGCGUAUAGUUGUUUGGAUAGAUUCAAGGUGUAUGAAAUAGAAGAUCUAGCAAGAGAAGAGAGGCUUCCCAAGGAUUUGGGAAAGGAGCAAGUAUUAUUUUUGUCAAGCAAAACUAGACUCGUCCUUCCAACAACUACUUCCAAUGAGCUACAAGGGAAUUGUAUCAACUUUAUAGUGGAACAUGAAAGUAGGCCUAAUUCUCACCCCUCAUUUUGGACAGGCAUGAAUGGCACAUAUCACUUCAAUGAUUCUACCAUAAAACCUCUAAACCCUAAAUUUCAGUUUUGUUGGAACCCUAAGUUUAUGUGGUUUGCACCAAAUUUCCGAUAUUAG